UUCUUCUACGGAUGAGGCGCGCCAAGGCCUCUCUGCAGCUACCAACUUCCUUUCAUGGCGUUCCCUUUAUCUUCGGCCGUUUUCUCUCGCCGGUUAUCUCUCUCUGCCGCCCCUCACACUACGAGAUGCAGCUUUCUUCAUACACAUUGCAUGGUUCGAUUUACCCGGUCAUCUGGAAGCUCGAUUCUCCCGAAACUCUCCUCCGCGUCUGCUAAGAACUCAUCACUGGAAGCAAUGGACCAGCAUAAGUUUCUCCGACAGUCAUGUAUUUCAGGUUUUGAAAAUGGAAAGAGGGAAUUUGGGAAGUUAAUUGCUAUGAUCCUCAUAUGUAUCCAAAUUUCUUCUCCAUUCCCCCUGCUGAAUUGGGACAUUCAAUCAAUUCAUCCUGCCAUGGCAGUACUUUAUUCACCUGACACCAAGGUCCCAAGAACAGGAGAACUUGCAUUAAGGAGAGCAAUUCCUGCAAACACGAGCAUGAAGGCGAUACAGGACUCCUUAGAAGAGAUAUCAUAUUUGCUAAGGAUUCCGCAAAGGAAGCCUUAUGGAACUAUGGAGGGUAAUGUGAAGAAAGCUCUCAAGCUGGCAAUUGAUGAGAAAGACUUGAUUUUGGGAAGUAUACCAUCAGAGUUGAAGGAAAAAGGUUCAUCGUUAUACACAACUCUAACUGAAGGCAAGGGUGGACUGCAAACUCUCCUCCAAAGUAUUAAGGAUAAUGACCCAGAUAAAGUGUCUGUAGGACUUGCAUCAUCACUUGAUACUGUUGCAGAGUUGGAAUUGUUGCAGGCCCCUGGAUUGUCAUUUUUAUUGCCUGAGCAAUACUUGAAAUAUCCAAGGUUGACAGGGAGAGGAACUGUUGAAUUUACCAUUGAGAAAGGAGAUGGUUCAGCUUUUUCCCCACAAGCAGGUGGUGAAUCUAGCAAUACAGCUACAAUUCAGGUUGUAGUGGAUGGAUUUUCAGCACCAUUGACAGCUGGGAAUUUUGCAAAACUGGUAAUUGAUGGAGCUUAUAAUGGAACAAAACUCAGCUGUACAAGUCAAGCUGUUCUUUCUGAAAAUAGUCUUGACAACAACAAAGGCUAUAGCAUUCCCUUGGAAAUAAAGCCGUCAGGACAAUUUGAACCCUUAUACAAAACAACCCUUAAUGUGCAGGAUGGAGAAUUGCCGGUCUUACCUCUGUCUGUGUAUGGGGCAGUUGCCAUGGCACAUAAUGAAGAUUCUGAGGAAUAUUCUUCACCAUAUCAAUUCUUCUUCUAUCUGUAUGAUAAAAGAAAUUCUGGCUUGGGAGGACUAUCCUUUGAUGAAGGGCAGUUUUCAGUUUUUGGAUACACAACCGUUGGACGAGACAUCCUUCCUCAGAUUAAAACAGGAGACAUAAUUCGAUCUGUGAAACUCGUGGAAGGUGGAGAUCGCCUUAUCCUACCGAACGAGAAUUGAUUCUUUUGUUCUUAUCAAAACCAGAUCUAGCAAUUGAUUCGUUUCAUUUGUAUUUGUUCGUAAAGUUUUGUUGCUUGUGAUAUCUUACAUGUACCAUUAAGUUACUUGCAACUUAAUUCAUUUACUUUCAUCUUUUGGUAUUCCUAAGAGUUGGUAUUCGUUGGUGUAA